CCCGGUGAUGAUACUGCCGAUUUCUCAAAUCAACCCUCAUCUAUUUCUGAUCUUUCAUUUGAAAGAAUGGACAUGAGAAAGCUGAAUGAGAGUACAUUGUACAAGAGGGCGCUUUCUGCUUUAAUCGAAGAAGAUAAUGGCGAGGAAGUCGUAGAGGUUGGUGAAGUGAAAAAUCUGUCUCUUCAUUAUGUGAGUGAUGAUUAUCACUGCGGUUCAUGUACCCAUAUCGACACCGAGACCAGAGAAAGAGACAGAACGGAAUCUGAAGUGGAGUCAAGUGCAGAAUUUCAAACCCUGAAGGAUUGUUUGUUUGACAGGUUUUCUAGAGAUAUGAGCGUCAUGUCCAACUCUUUUAGAAGCGUAAGCGUGCCGAUUCCUGAUCGUAGCAAUAAACAGUGGCUGGGAGAUGAUGAUUUAUCGCAUUCUAAAGUUGCACUCGGCGGUAAGAUAUGUUCAAACAAUCCGAGUCAGCUACAACCAAGGGAAAUGAUCGUUCCCGACUUCCCAUCAACUGAAACCCAGUAUCAGUUGUUGUCUUUGGAUGAUCGACUUCUUCUGGAACUACAUAGCAUCGGUAUAUAUCCCGAGGAAUUGCCUGAUCUAGCAGAAGAAACUAUCAGUACAGAUGUUCUCAAUAAAAUAGAUUCAAUUUGA